AUGCAGAAAGAAUACGUUGCAAUGGGCCUCCAGUGCGUAUUGUUGUUCGCAUAUUUCGCCGUGGGUGAGGUCUCGGCGCAAUGGACAAAGAGCUUUCAAUGGACGGAGAAAAUGACCAUCAAGAACCCGGAAAACAGCCCUAACUUCAACUACCCAGAUCUUGGGUCUCUGCAAGAUGCAUGGCAGGUCCUAGAAGAAACGUCAAAUAAUGCAUAUUUUUUGUUGUUCCGCACCGACGUUCCCGUUUCUAAGAAAUGUAUCUCCACAACAGCCAACAUCACCGACCAAACGAACAAAACCGCAAAUUACACAGUAACGAGUUACGAUCUGCGAAAAGAGAAAUACGAGAAUAUCACAAUACAAGUGAGAGCUCUGAAUCAAACUGACUACCCGCUUGAAAACGUUAUAAGGGCAAACUUCAGAGGAACACUCCCAAAUGCUACUCCAGUUCCCCCAGGAAGCUGCAGGUACGCUGAGUAUGAUAACUCCAUCUGCUAUUCCAGAAGUACUCCCUUUCCUGAUAGGGAAAAUGCUGUGAAUCCUCCGCUGAGUGCACGGGGCUAUGAUAAUUCUAAGAAGAAUGUUCUAGAUGAAUUGUUCCCCUAUCCGGAAAAUGAUGACUAUGCUGACAUGUAUGUGGUAUACAACGAGCCGCAAUGUUAUAUCCUUAGGAGUCCGGCAACCUCAGGAGGAUGCGACUUGUGGGUGAGAAAAACCGAGUUGAAAAAAAUAGUGGAGGACGUGAGAGAUCAGAUUGAAAAUAAAGAAAAUCAACUGAGGGAGGACAAGAAGAAACAAUUGGGAAUCGAUGAAAACUGCACUCCGACAGAAAGGCAAAAAUCAGACCUAGAAGCUUACGUACAAGUUUCCAUUGAAAGAUGGUUUCAAGACAUCGCAUUGAAAAAAAUUUCCCUCGACUGCGUUCUCGCAUUCAUGAUAACCUGUAAAUCGCCAAUAUUUCAAGUUUACAAUCCGAUAACCUGUAAUGCCUCACUAACAGGGCAAUAG